GUGGGACACCAAUGGCAAUGGCGGCAAUCAGUUGCCGGAUAUGCUAGUCGCUUACUAUCGCCACCAUGGCGUGCAUAGUCUGAUGCUGGUCGUUUGUCACACUGAGAAGAAGGACAUUGCUGAAUUACCCCAUGCAAUGCACACUGAUUCCCGCCUGACGACGAUGCUGUGGCAACAGUUUACCCUCAACAAUUUCUAUGUGCAAGUCCACACAGCAUGCUCUCUGAAGGACCUUCAACAUGUCACUGCACCAGGACCAGAUGAACUUAAGGUGUCCCCACCGCCAUCAACCUUCCGUCCGGACAAUACAACGCAUUGGGAAAUAUCAUUCGUUUUGCCCGCCACCCCCUAUAAAAUGGGUAUACUCCUGCUUGACUUUACUUCUCCGUGUGCCCUCAAUUUACUGCGUUGGUCAACAGCUCCGGAGCAUAAUUAUUUAACGACCAAUCGUUUUUGGUUACUUUUGACCACAAAUAUGAAUGACAUUGAUUCUCUAGAGGAUCCUGAAAUCUUUAUACCACCCGAUAGUGAGUUACGCAUCCUCUGGCAUCAGAAUUUUACAGCCACAUUGAUAGAUCUCUACAAAGUGGGUCCGGACAAGCCACUGAAGCGCCGUCAUAUUGGUAUUAAUUUGCGUACUACGAAACAUUUGAGACAUGCGCUACAGAAAUUUGGUUCGGCCAUUACGUAUCGUCAGAAUUUGGAGGGUAUGGUCUUUAAUACGGCCAUAGUUAUAGCAUUUCCGGAUGUAUUUACCAAUAUUGAGGAUCUCUCAUUGCGGCACAUUGACACCAUAUCGAAAGUGAACCAUCGACUCAUGGCCGAAUUGGCCAAUCGUCUAAAUAUGAGUUACAACACGUAUCAGACAGUAAACUAUGGAUGGCGUCAGCCGAAUGGUUCUUUUGAUGGCCUUAUGGGCCGCUUUCAGCGUUAUGAACUCGACUUUGCCCAGUUGGCCAUAUUUAUGCGCUUGGAUCGAAUUGCCAUAUGUGAUUUUGUAGCCGAGACAUUUCGUGUGCGGGCGGGCAUUAUGUUUCGACAGCCGCCCCUGUCGGCCGUAUCGAAUAUUUUCGCCCUGCCUUUCCAGGAGGAUGUCUGGAUCUCAAUACUGGUUCUCUUGAUAUUAACCACUGUGGUGCUAAUUGUUGAAUUGAUCUUCUCGCCGCAUACACAUGACAUGGGUUACAUGGACACAUUGAAUUUCGUGUGGGGCGCCAUGUGCCAGCAGGGAUUCUAUGUGGAGGUACGCAAUAGAUCGGCCCGAGUUAUUGUUUUUACCACCUUUGUCGCAGCUCUAUUUCUGUUUACAUCGUUCUCGGCGAAUAUUGUGGCUCUGCUGCAGAGUCCAUCCGAUGCGAUUCGAUCUUUAGCUGAUUUGGGUCAAUCGCCAUUGGAGAUUGGAGUGCAGGAUACGCAAUAUAAUAAAAUCUAUUUCACCGAAUCAACAGAUCCGGUUACUAAGAGUUUGUAUCACAAGAAGAUAGCCGCCAAGGGGGAUCAUGUUUAUAUGCGUCCACUGUUGGGCAUGGAAAGAAUGAGAAAGGGUCUCUUCGCCUAUCAAGUGGAACUGCAGGCUGGCUAUCAGAUUGUUAGCGAUACAUUCAGUGAGCCAGAGAAAUGUGGUCUUAUGGAAUUGGAGCCCUUUCAGUUGCCCAUGCUGGCCAUUCCGACAAGAAAGAAUUUCCCCUAUAAAGAACUAUUUCGUAGGCAGUAAGUGAAACUAAAUCAGAAUCCAUUGGAUUCUC